AGGUAUGAACCACUAUACGUCACAGAAGCUAAAACCUGCUUUCACUUCUGAUUGCAGCACUGUCACGAAAUGGCGUCGAGGAAAGGUUUAUUACGCCCUCGGAGGUGGCGUAGCCUGCCCAUAGUACCUCCCACAAUGUCUGAAGUGAGAAUUGUGCUGCUGGGAGAAAAUGUUCCCCUGACCAACAGCGUGGGAAACAUCAUCCUGGGCAGAUCUGUGUUUGAGACUGAAGUUCAUCUUUCUUCAGUAAAGCUGCAGAGUAAGAGAGCCAGUGGUCACGUGGAGGGAAGAAUCAUCACCAUCAUCAACACACCUCAUCUCUAUAACUCACAACUCUCUCAGGAGGAACUGACUGAGAGAGUAAAAGAGUGCAUUUCUCUCACUGAUCCUCAUGUGUUUCUGUUAGUGCUUCAGUCAGACGAGCAACAAGACAGAGUCAGAAGGAUUUUGGAAACUUACAGCCCACUGUCUAGGAAACGCACAAUAGUGUUAACUACAGGUGAAGACCAUGGAUUCAUCAGUGAAUCAGUGAGACGCCACAGAAUUGGGAAUAUAUCUACAUUUGAUAAACUUCAGAUUCUUCAGCUUUUGGGGAAAAUAGAUGCGGUGGUGAAGGAGACUGGAGGAAGUGACCUACAAGAGAAGACGCACUCAGGAACACCGAGAAGACAUCAGGAUCAUUUGCCUAAAAACACAGCAGAGACAGCUGGAGAUACAGUAAGGGAAAAACUGGAGGAGAAUAAAGUGUCUGAUCUGAGAAUCAUUCUGUUGGGAAACAGUCUCUCAGACACCAGCAGAGUGGGAAACCUCAUCCUGGGCAGUUCUGUGUUUGAGACUGAAGAUCCUCUACAUUCAGUAACGCUUCAGUGUGAGAGAGUUAGAGGACAUGUGAUGGGAAGAUGCAUCACCAUAAUCAAUACACCUCAUCUGUUUGACCACACCCUCUCAGCACAUCAGUUCACACUGUGUCUUAACAGGUGUGUAUCUCUAAUGGCUCCUGGACCUCAUGUCAUAAUGCUAAUUGUACAGCCAGAAAGUUUCACUGAAGCAGACAAAAGAAGAGUGGAUAAAAUUCUCUCAUCUCUGUCUGAGGAGGCCCAUAAAUACACCAUGGUAGUAACUACAAAAAACAUAGAAAUCGGCACCAGUGUCGACCAGGAUAAGGAAAAUGUCAUACAGAAGAUCAUUGCUGAAGGUAAUUAUAGACAUUUAGAGUUCAGUGGAUGCAGCAGAGCCAAUCUUGUGGAGAUGAUGGAAAAGAUGGUCAAGGAGAAUAAAGAAAGUCUUCAGUGUGAUAUAUAUGAAGAUGCUGAUUCUGCAGAAGGCCAAAAACUGUCUGAGCAAAUUGUAGGUCAACUGGAGCAUGAAGAAACAGAAACAUGGGAAGAGCAUAUUCAAACCCACACAAAAACCACAUUUGAGAAAAUUAAAGAAUUUGGAAUAGAGAGGAAAAAGAAGCCUCACAGUGAAUCAAAACAGACUCCACAUUUGAAACUGGUGCUGCUGGGGAAGGAAAGAGUAAAGUCCUCAGUAUCUAAAGUUUUAUUGGGUAAAAAGGCCUCACUGGUCCAGACAGAGUCCAGCUCAAUGUGUGUAAUGCAGGGAGAAGUGUGUGGUCACCUGAUCAUGCUGGUGGAGAUGCCCGCUCUCUACAACACUCAACUCUCAGAAGAGGAAGUGAUGCGUCAGACUCUACACUCUGUCUCUGUCUGCGAUCCUGGAGUUCAUGCUUUCUUCAUCAUCGUUCCUGAAGGUCCUCUCACUGAUGAAGAUAAAGCAGAAAUAGAGAUGUUUCAGAGGAUUUUUAGCUCCAGAGUUAAUGACUACACCAUCUUCCUCAUCAACCAGCAGUCCCAGAGGGAACAGUUAGAUGAGACUCUUCACUCUGUGAUAAAGGCAUGUGGAGGACGAUAUAAAUUCUACAGCAGCAGAACAAAUGCAGAAAAGCUGUUUACCUGUGUGAAGGAUCUUCUGAAAGAGAACAGCGGUCGUCAGUACACCAUGGCCAUGUACACUGAUGCACAGGUUGAAACCCAGCUGCAGUACAAAAGAGAAAUCGAAAAACUGCAACAUCAAAUGACUGAACUCAAGAAGAGAAACAAAAAUCAAACACAAGAUUUAUCAAAAAGACCUGACACACUCAGGAUUGUGCUUUUGGGGAAGACCGGAGUUGGGAAGAGUGCAACAGGAAACACCAUUCUGGGGAAAAAUGUGUUCAAAGAAGUGACGUCAGCUCAAUCAGUUACCACUGCGUGUCAGAAAGAGACAGGAGAAAUCAGUGGAAGACAGGUUGCUGUGAUUGACACUCCAGGACUGUUUGACACAAAUACUGAUAAUGAUGAAACCAGGAAAGAGAUUGCUAAAUGCAUCUCAAUGGCAGCACCUGGUCCUCAUGUGUUCCUGCUGGUGCUGAAAAUAGGACAACGCUUCACAGAGGAGGAGAAAGAGGCAGUGAAAAUCAUUGAAAAGACUUUUGGUAAAAAAUCCAACAUGUACACUAUCGUGCUCUUCACCAGGGGUGAUGAACUUAAAGAAACUACAAUUGUACAGUAUGUGGAAACUGCUGGGACAGAAUUAAACACACUUCUGUUAACCUGUGGUAAAAGAUACCAUGUGCUCAACAACAAUGAUAAAUCCAGCUGCACCCAGGUCCUGACUCUUCUGGAUAAAAUCCACUCAAUGGUGAAGGUGAAUGGAGGAAGCUGCUUCACUAAUGAGAUGUUCCAGCAGGCAGAAGAAGCUCUAGAAGAAGAAAAGGAGAGAAUACUGAAAGAGAGAGAGGAGCAGAUAGAGAGAGAGAAAGAAGAACUGAAAGCCAAACAUCAAGCUGAAAUGGAGAAAAUGAGGACAGAGAUGCAGAACCAAAAAGAAAGACAAGAGGCAGAAGUGAGAAGAAAAGAAGAAGAAUUUAAACAGAGAGAAGAACAAAUAAAAAGAGAAAUGUCAGAAAGGGAACAACAGGUAAGAGAAGACUUCAGGAAGAGAAGAGAAGAAGAUGACUUGAAAAUGAAGAAAUGGCUGGAAGAAAUAAACAGAGAGAGAGAGGAGAACAGGAAACAGUGGGAGAGACAAAGAGAGGAAGAUCAAAAACGGCGAGAUCAGGAGGAGGAAGAAAGAAAGAGGAGAGAACAAGAAUGGAAGGAACACCAGAGAGAGGAGAAAGAGAAGUUUAAAAGAGAAAAGGAAGAGAUGAAAAAUAAUAAAGAAGAAGAAUUAAAGAAACUACAAAAGGAGUAUGAACAGAAGGUAGCAGAGGAAGACAGGAGAAGAAGGGAUUUAGAGGAGAAAAUAAAGGAUGCAGAGGAAAGUAAAAAGAAGGAACUACAAGACCUUCAGUUAUCUCAACACCGAGAGUGGCAGAGGAGGAUGAGGGAAGAGGAGGAGAUGAGAAAACAUCAGCAGAAGGACUGGGAGAGAAGAAUUGCUGCUAUGGAGGAAAAGUGGAGUUUAGAGCAGAUUGGGAAGCAGGAGCAAUAUGAGUGGGAAAGACAGAAAGAAAAGGAGGAGAGAGAUUUAAAAGAAAAGGAAAGAAAAGAGAAAGAAGAACAAGAAAAGAAAAGAAUAGAAAAUGAUUACAAUGACAAGAUAAGAAUGAUGGAAGAACAACUAAAGGCACAAAGAGAGAAAGAUGAGAGAGAAAAAAAGGAAAAAGAUGAACACAAAAAGGAAAUGGAAGAGAAACUAUGGAAACAACAGGAAGAUUUCAGAAAGGAGAAAGAAGAAGAAGAAAGAAAACACAAUGAGGAGAAGGAGAGAAAUCUUGCUUUCAUUAAAGAGCAGCACAAGAAACAGAUGGAGAACCUGAAGAGACAGACAGAACAAGCGGCCAGGAAACAGGCAGAGAAAAAAAUUUAUGCUAAACUUGAUGAAAAAGUUAAAGAGGCAAAAAAAGAAGGAUUUGAAGAGGGACGUGCAAAAGUAGAGUCAGAAAGAACGAUACCAGGCAGAGCUGUAGAUCGAUUUAUUAAUUAUUUGUCCAAGAAGGAAGGAAAAAAGAAAAAUGAAUGAAAACUUGACAGAAAUUCAUUUAUAAUUAUUUUUUUAUUCCAUAUUAUUUUUUUAGCUAAAAUGAUAAAAUCUAUAUGUUGGUAUGUUUGCUGAGUGCAGAGUUAAAUGUGUAUAUAAUUAGCAUCAGUUGGUCAACAUGUGAUGCAUAUCAACAGUAUUAUGCUUCAUUCCUGAUCAGUUUCUUGCUUCAGGUAGGCUUGUCUCUGUUUUUAAUUACAUUUUAGAUUUUUAUAAUGUAAGAUUAGAUUUUGUAUUUUUAAUAUAAAUAUCUUACAUUCUUUUUGUUUCUGUGGCUGCUUAUCUUGUGGGGUCUAAAGCUGAAAUACAACUACACAAUUACAGCUACAUAUUAUACUCAAGAGUUAUCAACAUCACUAACAAGAUAUUCAUAGCAGGCAGAAAGAAAAAACUGAAUUUUACAAAAAAAAAAAAAACAUUAGUGUGUGCCAGUGGACAAGAUGGAUAUUUAACUGCUGUAUAAUCUGUAAAAAUGUUUGUAUUUAAAAGCAACCAGCUGAGUGUAUAAGCAAAUAUCAUUCAGCUAUUAUACAAAAUAUGUCUUAAUGUAAUAAUGUCUUAAUAAGUUUUGUAAAUGGAAAGACUGUAAAUAUACCCUGUAUAGUGAAAUGUAUUAAAUGGCGACUCACCCUGUGCUUUCAGAUCAGCUGCUUGUUCUUGUUUGUCACAGAAAAAAUACUUUAGUCACUUGUAUGUAUUUAGUAUUUGGUUGAGGUAUCUGUUUUAUGUUAAAGUCAGGGGACAAAAAUAAUGAACAAAAAAGGCUUAUAUGGCCAAAAGUAUGUGCACCCCUGACCAUCACACUCAUAUGUGCUUGCUGAACGUCUCAUUCCAGAUUUAUUCCCCUGUGUUUGCUGUUAUAAUAAGCUCCACUCUUCUGGGAAGCUUUCCACUAGAUGUUGGAGCGUGGCUGUGGGGAUUUGUGUUCAUUCAGCUAUAAGAGCAUUAGUGAGGUCAGGCGCUGAUGUUGGGAUGUCGAGGAGGUCUGGGGUGCAGUCGGUGUUCCAGUUCAUCCCAAAGGUGUUCAGUGGGGUUGAGGUCAGUGCUCUGUGCAGGACACUCGAGUUCUUCCACUCCAACCUUCACACACCAUGUCUUCAUGGAGCUCGCUUUGUGCACAGGGGCAUUGUCAUGCUGGAACAGGUUUGAGUCUCUUAGUUCCAGUGAAGGGAAACUGUAAUGCUACAGCACACAGAGAUGUUCUAUACAACUGUGUGCUUCAGACUUUUUGCUAACAGUUUGGAGAAGAAACACAUAUGAGUGUGAUACUCAGGGGUGCACAUACUUUUGGUCAUAUGGUGUAGCAACACUAGAAUUAAACAGGAAGUUAUGCAAAUACAGGCAUAAAAGUAGAGGUCUAUGUGUUUUGUAAUCCAUCCUUCUUUUACUAUUGUACCAGUUCUUUUAACUUACAGUUAAAAGUUAGCAAAAGUUUGGCAUUUGUUAUUCAUAAAAAGUGGUCUGAUUUUCAUCUAUGUCACAAUUAUAGACAAACACAAUCUGACUAAACUAAUAACACACAAACUUUUCUAGUCUUUAUUGAGCACAAGGAGUAAUCAGUCACAGUGCAGGCUGGAAAACGUAAGUGAACCCUUGAAUUUAGCAGCAAACAACCUCCACCAGUUGGUUCCUGUAGCUGUUAAUAAGACUGUCACCAUGAUAAGGAGGAAUUCUGGAGGAAUUCUGGAUUCUCAGCUCAUCAGUAUUUUUGGGCUGUCUUGAUUGAACAGCUCUCUUCAGGUCAUUCCACAGCAUCUCUAUUAGGUAAAGGUCAGGCCAUUCCAAAAACCGAAUUUUCUCCUUUUUCAAUCAUCCUUUAGUUGAAUUAUGUGUGUGCUUUGGGUCACUGUCCUCGUUGCCCUCAACAUUCUCCUGUAAAAUGUCUUGAUACUGUUUUGAAUUCAUUGUUGUCUCAAUGAUUGCAAUGUGUCCAGGCCCUGAGGCAGCAAGGCAGCUCCAAACCAUGAUGCUCCCCACACCAUGCUUCACAGUUGGGAUGAGUUUUUUCCUCCAAAUAUAGCAUUGUGCAUUUUUGCCAAAAGGUUUAAAUUUUGAUCUGUCCUCAGAACCUUUUCCCAGAAGUGCUAACCUCAAAGUGGCUUUUGGCAAACUUGAGAUGAGACACAAUGUUUUUUUGGACAGCAAUGCUUUCCUUCGUGGUGUGUUAUUAGUCUGGUCAAAUUGUGUUUAUCUAUGAUUGUGACUUAGAUGAACAUCAGAGCGCAUUUUACAACUAAUCAAUGCAAUCAAAUCAGUAAUCAAACCCUGAUAAUUACAAAGGGUUCACAAAUGUGUUCUUGUAACUAUAUUGUUAUGGUGCAUGGCAAUAAAUGAGCAUCUCAUUUCUUCA